AACCACAUCAAAAUGUGGGGUGCAAAAUGCCAUCCAGCUACCCGAUCGUGUUUCCGCGCUAGGAGGCCGGGGGAGAUGGCCGCACCAGGAGCCCACGGCGACAGUGCGGGGAGGUGGUCACUACACGGCAGGACGGCGCUCGUCACCGGCGGCACCCGCGGCAUCGGGCGCGCGGUGGUGGAGGAGCUGGCGGCGCUGGGGGCGGUCGUGCACACCUGCUCCCGGAAGGAAGCCGAGCUCGGCGAGCGCUUGAAGGAGUGGGAGGCCAAGGGAUUCCGCGUCACCGGCUCCGUCUGCGACGUCUCCGUGCGCGACCAGCGGGAGCUCCUGCUCCGCGACGUCGCCGACAGAUUCGGCGGCAAGCUCGACAUCCUCGUGAACAAUGUGGGCACAAACCGUGCAAAACCAACCACUGAAUACUCGGCAGAUGACUACUCGUUCAUAAUGGCCACGAAUCUUGAAUCCGCAUAUCAUCUGUGCCAACUUGCACACCCUCUUCUCAAAGCGUCUGGAUCAGCCAGCAUUGUUUUAAUAUCAUCGGUCUCUGGAGUGGUAGCCGUAUCUAGUGGCUCCAUUUAUUGUAUGACAAAAGGUGCCAUGAACCAGUUAGCCAAGAACUUGGCAUGUGAGUGGGCGAAAGACAACAUCAGAACCAACUCUGUUGCUCCAUGGUAUAUCAAGACUUCACUUGUGGAAGAAGACUUGGCGAAAGAGGAAUUCGUGGAUAGCGUCGCACAGCGAACUCCAAUGAGGCGUGUGGGAGAACCGGAAGAAGUAUCAUCGCUGGUUGCGUUUCUCUGUAUGCCUGGUUCGUCUUACAUCACCGGCCAGACGAUCUCGGUUGAUGGCGGCAUGACCAUAAAUGGCUUCUAUCCAACUAAGGACUAGCAGGAGUCUGAAGCUGCAUGAUGGUUCAGACUUGAGAAUAAAACGUGAUAGUCUAUGAGUGUAAGUGUAACCUGUAUGUGAAACUGAACUCAUGUCGAGAGGGUUCAUCAGAAAGGAGAAAAAAUUGACCCGUCUGAUUUAUAUUCAA